AUGGAUACCUUCAUGGCAGGAGACCCAUCAGUUCAACCCCUUUCACUGGAGUCUUCUCUUCAAGCAGUUGCCAGUGGCUCCUCAGCUGCUACAGGAAGGCCACAGCCAAACACUGCCCCACAACCUCCACCACCUCUAGCCUCCCCUGCCUCUCAGCAACCAACUGUCUCUUCUUCACCAGCUGCUAGUGGUGCUUCAACUAAACACCCUUCACCAUCUCCAGCUACUGGAAGCAUGGCCACACCACUGACACCUCCCUCUCCUGCUUUACAGCCUCCCUCCCCCGCUUCACAGACACCCUCUCCUGCUUCACAAUCACUCUCUCCUGCUUCACAGCCAUUCUCUCCUGCUUCACAGCCUAUCUCUCCUGCUUCAUAG